AUGCUGACAAGUAGGAGCAAUGUUCAGUGUUCAGCAGUCAACUCCAAAGGCCCUUUCCCUCUGGGCCCAUUCCCAAGACACAUCUGGAUCCACCACAACACUCCCCAGGACAGUUUGGAUAAAGCUUGCCAUGAGAUCUGGAAGAGAGUCCAAGGUCUCCCUGAGGAACUACAGCCCAGAUCUUCAUCACCUCUUCAGCAGGUUAGCUGUCACCCUAUCACCUCUUCAGAGGCUCUACCAGAAGACAACAGCAGUUCUCACAACAGUUCUCAAAAGGAAUCUUUGGAAGCCAGCAUUUGCAAAGAUGAAAUAUCUCAGCUGGUUGAGCAAGAAUAUUUGAGCCUUACCCAAGAGAAUGCAACUGAGUUAGAAAUGCAAAGAUCUGAAGAUGAAAAAGUGCCCCCUGUUGUUUCAGUUAAGGCCCCAAAUAGCAAGCAGCUACUCAUGCUUUCUGAUGGGGACCAGGCAUUAGAUGAGAAGGAUGCAAUGGAAAAUGUCUACAGGGCACUCACUGGAAACAAAAGAGAAGUGAAAUUGAGGUCGAUCUGUGAUAUCCAGUUGUCCACCAAGUCUACUGUCACAGGCAUUUUGCUCCCUGCAAAAUUAAUCCACAAGAAUAACAAAAAUGCAGAAAGUGGGAGCAAUACAAUGGGUUCCAACACUCAAAUUGCCAAGCUUCUGGCUCAGCUCCCACUCAAACGCGUUGAGGCUACCAAAACUCUGGACGGCAAGAUGGUGGCUGAGGAAACCAAGCUAAUCAAGGAUCUACUCCAAAACAAUGUGUUUGGAUCUAUGCCCCACAAAGACAGUAUCACAAGGCCACCCCCGAUCAUGACAAUAACAGAAAGUCAAGGACCAGGUCAAAAGAAGCAACUCCCAGUGUUUGCCAAGAUCUGCUCAAAAACUGAACCUGAACUCAUUGCUGAUGGACUCUGUCAAAAUCAUG